AUGGAGAAGAAGCGCCGGGCGCGCAUCAACGUGUCCUUGGAGCAGCUCAAAUCGCUGCUGGAGAAACACUACUCGCACCAGAUCCGGAAGCGCAAACUGGAAAAGGCAGACGUCCUGGAGCUGAGCGUGAAGUACAUGAAGAGCCUUCAGAGCUCGUUGCAAGGGCUCUGGCCCGUGCCCAGCGGAGUCGAAUACCCGUCCGGCUUCCGCGGCUGUCUGCCGGGCGUGAGCCAGCUGCUGAGGCGCGCAGAGGAGGGCGGCGGCGGGCCGCCCUGCGCCCUGGCGCCCGAGAGCGCGGGAAGCAGCACCACGGACAGCGCCAGCCCGGGUCCCGGCGCGCAGUCUCCCUGCCACCCUUGCGUCCCAGCCGCCUGGGCUCCUGCUCUGGCCUCCGGCCGCUCACGCUCCCCGUCACCCGGGCUCCUCCUCCCCGGGGGUCUCCCUGGCUCCACCAGCGUCCCUGCGCCGCAGCCAGCGCUGCGCCGCCGAGCCGAGAGCCCCGGCCCUGGGCUGCGCGUGUGGCGCCCCUGGUAA